AUGUCAUUAUCGGAACUCACCGAGCAGCAACGCGCGACUAUCGGCGAUCGCGCGCGAGUAUGGGAAGUCCGACGCUUCUGCCAGGUGCUGCCAUCUGUCGUCAAAUACGUGCGUGGUUCGGACGCUGGCCUCACGAGCAGGCCAUUGGAGCCACACGGCAGAUACGUCAAGAAUGAACCAGACGGCGCGCUUGCUGCGUUGCUCCGUUGCGUCAUCCAUCAAACGGGCGCUGAUCUGGCCAUGGUCAGCUUGCUAGACGACCACACGCAAUACUUCAUCUCGGGGGCCAGUCGGGCCAACGCAGAUGAAGCCAAGGUCACCUUGGAAGACUCAACGCGAUGGUACGGAUGCGAGUCGGUAACUCAUCACGGUGGUCUGUGCGAGCGUACCAUCACGCGGCAGAAUGAGCCAGGUGGGAGCAUGGCACUCUACGAAGAGCUUGAUAUGGCUGAAUUGGAGAGAACCAAACAUCUCCCAUUUGUUCAGGGUGAUAUUGCCAAGUUCAGACAUUAUGCUGGUGUUCCUUUGAACCCCUAUGGAGGACCAAACAUUGGCACUGUGUUCACGUUCAGCUCAACGCCGUCGCACGGUGGGCUCUCGGACGCCCACCGCUCGUACUUGUUUGAGACAGCGUCACACAUUAUUCGUCAUCUGGAACAAGCAGUAGAAGCACUGGAGGGUAAGCGUGUGCUCAAGUUCAACCAAGGUGUGGCUUCUCUACUCAAGAUGGGUACGAGCGCAGGACUGGCGGCUCAGCCUGCUCACAAGGAUCUUUCAUCAGGCGGCCAUACUGAACAUGAAGUUCUGGUGUCAAACCUCUAUCCCGCUGCAGCUCUGCAGCUGUACCAUCUUUCAGCUACAUUGCUCUACGAUACUUUCGAAUUUGACGGAGUUCGCAUCCAAGAGUUGGGCUCCUCAAGCAACAAGAACCCCAUCUGGAACGGCUCCAACGUGCUAGCCGAGCAUCUCGGACCAAAAGCGCACAGGCCUCAAGAACUAAGCCACAGUCUGACAAGCAGAUUGCUUGAAUUAUUUCCACAUGGGGCUGUGUUCCAAUUACUCAAUGACACUAGCGACAUCGUUGUUGCUACGAGCGCAGACGACGUCGCUUUAGUUGAAGAUACCCUCAUACUCAAGGAGCUUUCGAAAACCUUCCUGCGGGCAGAGCAGAUCGUCUUGAUGCCACUGUGGGAUGCGUUUCACGAACGUAAUAUCGGUGCGGUCCUCGGGUUCGCCGAGAAUCAGUCAAGAGUCUAUCUCGGCUCGACGGAUCUUGCUUCCAUUUCAGCAUUCUGCACCACGAUAAUGACGCAAGUGCGGCGUCUCGAAGCUCAAGCUAUAGACAAGAUUCAAUCAGACUUUCUCGGAUCGAUCUCACAUGAAAUGCGGACACCUCUUCAUGGCAUACUAUCAAGCCUUGAGCUUUUAGCGGACACACCACACAACGCACACCAACGCGACCUGCUGGAGACGGCAAGAUACAGCGGCUUGUCAUUGCUCGAUACUAUUGAGCGCGUUCUAUAUUUCAGCAACAUCAGUUCCGGGUCGCAAAGCGCACCUCUACCAAGAUCAGACUCAUCGAACGAUGGGCUUCUCCGUUCGUCAAGUCUUGCACCUCAUCAUUCGGCAGCUUCCUCGCAAGACAAGGAUACCGUAAAGCUGAUGGAUACUUGCGAGGACAUCAUUCACAGUGAAGUACACAGGUAUCGCGUCAAAAAGGCUGUCCAGCCUGAUUCUUCGAUGCAUGGUAAGUAA